AUGUCCAAAAUGUUCAAACUGUCAUCCUCUUCAGCAGAAGCGGUAGCCAGUAUUGAAGAGCUGCUCAACCUGAUUCUUUUAAGGGUACCGGCUCUUUCUCUGAUCCGUUUCCAGUCAGUCUCCAAGCACUGGCACUCUCUCAUCUCCGACCCCGACUUCCGUCGCCACCACACACUCCAAAACCGCAACUCCAAAAUCUCCGCUUUUUUCUCUCCUAUAACCAAUGAAGAAGCCUUCAAGUCCAUCACUCUCGAAAUCCCAUCUGGCAAUCCCUUCAAAACCCUCAACACUUCCGUCCCAGGUGCCUCCAAAUUAAUGAUUCGAAUUCUUCAGUCAUGCAAUGGCCUCUUCCUCUGCCAAAUUUGGUUAAUCAGAGAACCAACUAAACCCAUCUAUGUUGUCAAUCCCACCACCAACCAAUUCAGGGGUCUUUCCCCUCCAAGCGUCUGCCAAGAGAAACGUGAUGCUUUUGUUCGCUAUGCUUUGGCUUUUGAUCCUUCCAGAUCGCCUCAUUACAAUGUGGUCUGUGUGACCAACUACCAGCGUUAUUAUGAGAAGGGGCAACACAAAAUAUACAUAUUUUCAUCUGAGACCGGAGAGUGGAAACAUCUCGAGACUCCUUUCUUCCGCAGCCCCAAUGAGGAGGGGCACCAAGUUUUCGUAGAGAGUGCCUUGAAUUUUGACUUCCGGAGCAAGCUAGAGGCGGUAUACUACAAUGGCGCAGUUCAUUGGAUCAGGGAUAGAUAUGUAUCAAGUUUAUCAAGUUGCUUACAUGUGGAUGGUAAGCUGGAAUUCAUGAGAAGCAAAUCUGAUGUGCUCCACUACUUUGAGAUCAGCCAAGAGCGUUUGCUGGUCGUGUCGGCUACACCCCCUGUGUCCCCGGUGGUCAAUAACAUUCCACAAGGGAUUAAUAGAUUUGGCCGCAGGACAAUUACGUGGCCAACAUUGAUUCAGAUAUAUUUUGGGGAGUGCGGUGGUCGUUUGUACUAUAUUGAGACUUAUAAGCAAUGCAUGUUCCAAUUCGAUCUGAUGGAGAUGGAGAGUGACUACUCUGGCUGGUUUGUCAAGUAUCAUGUUGAUCUUAAUCCGCUAGUUGCAGCUCUUCCUGGACCGGAUUGGAAUUUCUUUACUGUUUUGUGCCUUUCUCCAAAGGAGGAGACCUCCCGAAGAACAAGCGAUGAGGGUAAGGUCAUAUCGUAUAAUUCUACGAAUGGGACCUUCAAGACAUCUGUUGAGUUUGCUAACAAGGAACUUUUUAUAGAUCUCAAGCAUUGUAUUCGAAAGGAUGUUACUUUUCCUUUCAGGGAGACUUUAGCCUGUUUGUGA